AUGCAUUUGUUUCCUCGGUCUCUUGACCUCCGCCCAGUAGCCUCACCUUUUUUUUCCAGGCAUUUUUUACAUCUAGAUGUCUGCGUUGACCUGGGGUCCAAUGCAUCAGCACUCUGAUAAUAUCUAUGGAUGCUUUGGUUUUGGGUUUCAGUCACUGAGCCAGGUGUCCAGAGUGGUGAAGGAAAGUGCGGCUGGUUUCAAGCUGGAAGAUGUUCGCUUUGAAGAUAGCACAGCAGAUGAUGGCGCAGAGCUGGGGGAGAAAGGCAACGUGGGUUCAAUGCCAGAUCAGCAGUAUGCUCCAAUAUGGCUGCAAAACGAUACGGGGAUUCCGAUUCGAUAUUGGUACCACUCUGAUGGGAGAGAGGAAAUAGAUCGAGAGGGUAAGAUGUCAGGAGAGGCAUCAGGGCUGGCUCUACCUGGUCAUGUUGUGGCUGUGCGCGUUGAGAGGCCGGCACUGAAUCCCAGCAACACUAAUGUUCAAAACUGGGACGAUAAGAUGCGGAUGGGGCAUCACAAGUGUCAUCACUUGCAAGUCAUGUUGGAAGGUGCGACACGAUGUUCUCCUCCCAUUUCGAUGGACAACAUAGGGUCAUUUGGUUUCACUGCAAUUUUCUCAAGUCGGCGUGUUGCUGUAGAAGGAGAAUCCUCCAACCAGGGAACCGGCAACAGCUUUGGUGAUGAUUCAGAAGAGGGUGGAACUACUAUCCCACUCGAUGUAGUCUGUGAAGUAAAGAAGCAACGUUACAGCAAAAGGGUCUCUGUUCGGUCAAAGUUUCAAUUGUUCAACUCCACCUCACUUCCACUGGAGGUUCGGUUCAACAUCCCAUUGGCACUGGCGCCAAAGAUUCUUGGACCUGUGUUUCCAGGCCAGAGCCUUCCUUUUCCAGUACAUUUGGCAGAGUCAGGUCCUAUUAGCUGGAGGCCAUUCAACUCCACAUAUGUAUGGUGCGAGCCCAUUUCCUUAGCAAACCUAAAGACAAAAGCAACAUCAGACCGGCCAGGAUUACAAAGAUCAGUUGUAUGUCCGCCGGCAUCGGUGCGAGAUGAUGCUUUUCGAUCAUGCAUUACAAUUACAGAGAAAGGUGUAGAGUUGCUCGGCAGGGGCAGAAAGGAUGCUGACAGGUCUGAGGAGCCCAGCGAUGGCACUGGAGGAGUCAUCUUGACUGCGAGCGGACGAUGUGGAGUACUUGGGGCAUCCUCAGAGACUGGGAUGGGCAACGAGUGCGCCUUCGUUGAAAGAACUAUCAUCAUCUCCCCGCCUCUGGCUGUUGAGAACUGGCUGCCCUGCACCACGGAAAUCAUCUUCCGCAACGGAGCUGGAGCAAUAGUAACAGAGUUGACAGCUACAGAGGGAUCCGUGGUGAGCAUCUAUGAAGUAGACGUUACACAAGAUCUGCAGUUGACUCUUCAACCACGUGGCUUCAUGCAGAGUGACUCGAUAUCGCUGCUCAGGGCAUCUGCCAUGACUGCAAGCCAGGUGCAGGACGAUCAGGGCUCCAAAGAGGUGAAAGUCCUCACAGAAGUGCUGAAUCUGAGGAGGAAAGAUAAUGGAGCUAUUGUUUCUCUGGAGCUGGAGAAGUGGGUGGACAUGAACUGUGGGUCACGGCGGAUCUCUGUGGUCUGCCGUUACUGGAUUUACAAUUGCACUAGAUUGAGUUUGGCAGUAAUUGAUGGAGAUGCAGAACCGAAGGGAGAAAAGGAGCAUUACCUGCCUCCGUUGCAAGUCGUACCCCAAUCGGAUGCAUGCUACUACCGAAGAAGCAGCCGACAGACACCAGCCAGCACCAGCUACCACCACCAGCAGAAGCCAAAGAAUAACCAAAAGGAGUUCCUGCUUCAGCGAUAUCUUUCAGACGAGAGCAAAGAGAAGACAGAAGCUUGGUCCGAUGUGACAGAUUCUGCAAGGGAAAGAAAUCGACAGGCAGCAGGGGGAGUCCGACGACAAGUUCUUCCCCAUAGCCAAGGCAGCACAGGUGGGGUUAAUCUGAAAGGCUGGCCGCAGUCAAGGUUGUGGUCUGGGGCAAGCAUUGCGAGUACCAGUCAUUUAGCUUGGCCAAGAACCAGAGGAUCUGGUGUAACGGGAAAGGAAGCAGUCGGUCUCGCUGUCAGUUCAAGCUUUGGAAUUACAGGAGGGAACAGCAGUGUGGCGGAGAGCAGGAAUAGUGUCAUGGGAAGCCCAGAUUCCAGUAUAGAAUCGAUUGCGACACCAGCAACUGGUUUGGUGAAAGACGCAGUGACGAGGAUUAGGAGGAGGAGCAGGACGGAAAAGUCGUUGAUAGGGGGUGCCCUCUGUGUGCAGCCAUGGAUAUAUGGAAGAACUGGGCCCCAGGAACUGAAGAUCCGGGUGCGUGUACUUGCCUCUGGAGGAGGAGCGGGCACCGGUGUUGGUCUGGGGCUGGGUGCGCAAUUCCGGUCAGCUCGUGGUGGCCCCGGGAAAGCGAAGGACCGUACCGAUGCUGGUUCUCUUUGGUCAGAACCUUUCACUCUAGAACCGUUUGGAGGUGUCAGUGUUGUCACCAUUUGCAGAAAGGGAUCUAAUGGGCUCUACAUACUAGCAGUGGCUGCAGGGAGUACCCGGGGGCCCUGUGAGCAGAGGACGAAGACGAUAACCUUUCGACCCAGGUUUGUCUUUGCGAACACGCUAUCAGUGGAUGUGUUGUACAAGCAGCAAGGCACCGACACAUUUUUUCGCCUUGGAGCUGGCCAACAGUGCCCUUUUCACUGGACUGAUGCCAGCAGGAACUUGCUUGUCUGCUUGAGAUUUGAUGAGCAUGGAUGGGAUUGGUCCGGUGGUUUUGCGUUAGAUCAACUGGGUGAGAUUCAGCUGAAGAUGAGGCAACAUAGUAGCCGGGAGAUAUCAAUGAUCCGGAUCAGCAUUUACACACCUCAGCCUUCUGAGAAGGGGACAACAUAUGACAGCAAAGGAUCUGCAGUUGGAGGUGUGGGAACGUGCUUGAUUGUGGUUUCUGAGGACAAAACCGCUUUUAUGCCGUUCAGGAUCGACAACUUUUCCGCAGAGAUGCUCCGGUUUCAUCAGCAGAAGUGUGAGACGGUGGAUGAUGUUCUUCGGCCUUACAACUCAUGCCUGUACGCAUGGGACGAACCGUGUCGGCCUCAUCGACUUGUUCUGGAGAUUGUAGGUAAGGGGCGGGAAGGAGGCUGAUGUGUUUCCCCUUGGUCUGCAUGGGUUUUCAGAACUUUCCGGAAUAAUUAAUAUUUUUAAAAUGCUAUCGAGUGAUUAGAGUAUGACAACC